AUGCAGCUCAGCUCGUUCUUGCUCUAUGCCUCGACAUGCUUGGCACUGGGAUCAUUGUGCCGCUGGACGGUCGCCGCUCCGCAACAGCCGGGAUUCAACCCGCUGCUCGAACGCCAAGCCCAACCGACACCCCAGACACCGCCAGCACCGCAGCCUCCGGCACUGCCGCCAGGGUGGUUCAACUUCCCAGGUGUCGGCGUGGUGGUGCCGGCCUUCCAAGUUCCCAACUUUCAGUUCCCUGUUGUUAACUGGACGUUUCCCGGAUUUCAGGCUCCCCAAGUACCUCAGAUUCCGUGGAUGCCCCAGAUGCCCCAGAUGCCUCAGAUGCCUCAAAUGCCCCAGUUCAACUUCUCUGUACCCGGCUUCGGUGUUCUUCCAAGCAUCCCAAGCCUUCCCGGACUUCCCGGACUUCCCGCAGUACCUGUCAUGCCAACAUUUGUAGGCUUGUCCGGUGAUAUUCCGGAUGUUCCAGACAUUCCCGAUGUCCCGGAUGUACCGGACGUUCCGGAUAUCCCGGACGUUCCUGAAGUUGUCGGUGGCACGGGUGCCUCGCGGACGUUACCUGUGCCUCAAGAUCUACCCCAGUCAGCGCCAAUCACAAGCGCAAAACUUCGAGACCACAGGCCGUCGCAGUGAACAGAAGGAAUUUCGGUGGGGCCACUUGCUCCACGCACAGCUUUAUCUUUUUUUUUUUUCGCAGGACAGCUGCUGUGGAACAGGACGCAUUACAAGAUGGAAUCGUAGUAAAUUAUACGAGGUAUCUUGCAGAUUUUGCAACAAAGCUUUAUGCAGGGUGUUUGUGCCCAUAAAAAGAUUGGCCAGCUACCGCGCUCGCAAUGCACGCUGGCACCUCCACCUAUAGCGCGCUCACACAAAGCAGAACCGUACGCACAAACAUGCACGCACACGCACAUAAACGCAUGCAAACAUCAUGCACGGACGCACGCACACAUACGCACGCUCACACACACACGUACAACACAAUACGCCAAGUUUGAUACCAAGGCGCAACCGAACCAAUUAAGAAUAGUGUCAGACGCACGGGUCAUACGGAUACAAUAUAUUAUGAUUGUCGAUCAUUGAAUGUAAAGCUGUCUGUCUGAAAGGCAUAUAAAUAUGAGGAAU